GCGUCGUCGUGCAGCCUAGAUGCGAUUGAUUUUGCAACUAGUGGUGAGGAAAUCGUAGGGGGUUGUGCAGGAAAACAAUAAAACAAACACCAAUGGCACAAAGCUCCAGGAGGUUAUGCUUUCCAAAUCCCAAUGUCUGCUAAUUUAUUACAGCAAAUAUACACUCACACACACACCACUCCAGACUGUGAACUGAUUACGAGAUUGUUGUUUAACAGUAUUGCUUGGAGGAGUAAUCUGUGUGUGCAUAAUUGCGUUGUUUCAGCUGUCCUGUAAGCUUCGACCGAUUAGUUAAUGUACUCAUACAUGCGAGUAUGACCAUGAGGAAAUGAUUGAGAAGCUAGUUAACAAAGUGCAGGUGUUUCCAGCAUGAGUGUUCCAGGAGCUGCAUGAUCUACGCAAUUCAAUAGAAAAAAGGGGUAUUGUCCACCUGAGAAUCAGCCUGGCUCCUGCGCAUGCAACAGUGCGUGAAUAUCUGCCAGUCAGUUGCUACUGCACACAAGUACGAGGUGAUUCUCCUGCCUGGGGCUGCAAAUCAGGUUACACAAUCUUUGCUGAAUUUAGAAUAACUGGCACAAUUGAUACUGUAAGGCUGCCCCGUCUGCAGUAAGCUGCCACGCUUAAAGAUGGUUGAGCAGCAGCAGCAGAAGUGUCCAAAGGGAGAUUGUCAAAGGUUUUGGCAGUUCGUACGCAGGGAGAGCAUAUUCCUUACUGAAGUUUACAGCAGAAGAGAAGAAUAACUUCUUCAGAUUGUAGGCUACUGAUGUUGAAGAACCCCACAUUCAUUAACUCCUCGGGAAGGCAUCGAAGUUCACAGCUCAGAAUCACUUUUUUCCGCUCAGCAUGUACCAGACUGAUCCUCUACUGACGCUAAUUGGCGCCAUGGAGUGAGGAAGAAUUCCCUCGUGGAUAGGGAUCAUAGACAGCAGUAGAAUCAUACAUAAGUGAAGUUCCUUGCCAAUUUUCACGCCACCACAGGCCUCAUACUCAGCAGUACGCAGUUCACAGACCUUAUUAUAUUAUCGCAUUUCGGGGGGGAAGCCAUGUUUCUUUCUCGAGCUGGGACCAUUUGGCUGCUCCAUUGCUAGCGUCAGCUACUCGCGGAGAAGGCUGGCGAUGGCAGACGAUGGCGUGAAGCGGUGGUGAUGAUCAUGGUUCUUUGUUGAAGAUGUGUCGGAAACAGCUCGUUGCAACACCUACAGCUUCGUACUCCACUAUAAAGCCAUAUCUGUCAAGUCGACUGCCAUUGUCAGGUAGCUUAGACUUGUGUCCACACAACGAUCAGCUGCGUUUGGAAUUAAGCGUGAUUUGAUGGAAGCAUCUUGCCUGUUUGGUAGAGAUGAUUAUGAUGGCAGAGCUGCUUAAACAGGAGUAUCCGUUUUUGUAGGCUUUCACUGAGAAAUUGAGCAGGAAGAUGUUGGACAUGUGGGAUAUCACGCUUGAGUGUCUCGGCUUGUCUCGCUUAUUCAACUCUGUCCAAAGUACUACUGCUGCAUGUCAAAUUCGCGCUGUUGCAACCUCGGUGUAGAUGUGCAGAUAGACAAGCAGUUCUUGAGGGUGCAUGUUUGCCAUGGUGUUUAAAUGUCACUCAGCCAGUAUGCAACGGUACAAAUUGAUGUAGCAAAACUACAAGGGAGUGGCUCCAAUAAUUUGUAAGUGAAUGUUCUACUGGGUUUCGAAGAAUGUAAUCGAAGACAGUCAUGAUAUGAUUGUUGAUGUCUCCGUUUGCUGAUGUUAGAGACCUUAGAAUUCUGAACACGGAGGGAGAGGAAUGGGCCAUUCAUGAAAGGAAACACAAAAUUGAUCUUGAUCAUUGCGACAUUACCACGACGUUAAGGCAGGAAUACAUCAAAUCUAUCUCCUCCUUAUUCUUCUCAAGUCUCACGAAAAGUGUGAGACGAUAGAAAAUUUUCAAACUUCUAUCCAUUCUCCUUGUUUCUAUAAUUUUCCCGGAGGCGUGAAGAGAGCAACUAGAUGAAGACUACACUUAAGUCGAAGCUGCAAGUCUUCAUUCAAAGGAUUGUGUCAUCAAGCGUGUACUGCCUCGUUUCCAUGUGGUUGGUCAGAACAAUUGUCUUCACUCUGUUGAUUGGGAAGUGCAUCCUCAUCUGGCUUUUAAGGUUAUCAUUUUCACUUGUUCGGGAAUUCUCACGACUAUAUCCAAGCGUAGAACUCUUCAACUUGACAGUAGCAUCGCCACUAUUGACUCGAGCCACGAAACAGUCAAUAGAGAAGAUGGAAAUCUUGAUCAGGAGCUCGAAGUGUGAUGAGGCAGAGGGUCUGACGACAUCACCGUUGUUACCGAUUGUGCUCAAGGACCGGGUGCGAGUCUCUGAAGAAAACCGUGAAAUGGAAGACAGAGAGAGAUUGUUGUACGAGUUCGAUAAAAUUGUUGCGCCGCAAGUGUCUGCCUUCCAGCUGGGAGAGAUCGUCGUACCCAGUGACGACACCAGACAACUAGCGAUGUUCCUGAAGUCGAAGCUUAGCGAGACGUGCAACUCGUUGUCCUCAGUGAACAUCAGCGAUGCUAUUUGUGGGCCCAUCUGCAACAUCAGGACCGAAGAGACAAUCAGCCAUUGUGUGGACUCAUGGGAGGGUUGCAACAACAUUACAUACGCUUUAGUGUACAUUGUGGCUCGCCUUCAGUGUGACAACAAGGUCCAUCUCGUCCUUGCCGGCCGGAAAGUGGAGCAUUUUCUCGGCUCCAGCGAGUACCGUAACCGGUUCAACCCUCCUCACACGCGAUUUGAUAAGCGAGAAUGGCAGUCUUGGACUCUCGCUUUCUUCGGAUCGCUGAGAGAGAGUGCCAUCAGUUCGGCACUGGAGCUUCUCGCCCGGGACCCAGUUCAUGCUCAAGUGUGGUAGUUUCUUCUUCGGGUGCUUAAUCCCUUCAUGUACAGUUUGUGAAUAAUGCUUGAUAACAUAUAAUGAUGUUAUGAGAAUAGGACUAGAAAUAUCGCCGUUGGGUUCUCGAGGUGGUCCCUCUGGUACCUGUAGACGACCUCUACUACCUAAAUCGAAGGAAGGCUGUACAGAACAAGUUACGAAUGGUUUCGUAACAUAGUCCAGGUGCAAGAGAGCGCGUUGACUGGAAUCUCCUCUUUGGCCCUAAAUUUUACAGAGUGCGAAAAGUUUUUCACAUCACAA